UCAUUAUGGCUUGUGCAUAUAACAGAAACAAGAAAUACUUCAACUGGUUGUGACACAUCAGAAAAGGAAAAGAAACGAUUUCUUGGAUUUUUCAAGACAAGUAAGAAAAACAGCAAGGCAGAAGAGUCCUCAAGAACAAGCCUAGACUGGGAUGGUGGAGAACCUUUAAAAUCCAUAACAUCUAGUAAACAGAGUCUUGAUGGAGCAGUGGCAACUUCAGAUUCUUCAGGGAAUUUAUGUUCUGUUAUGGUGGCACCAUCAUUAUCUCUUGGGAACAUUUCAGGGAUAACUGCAAGCACAGAAAUAAAGAAGCGGAGAGCACCUCCUCUACCAGUAAUACCACCCUUUCCAGGUGGGGAGGCUGAUGGAGAAGAAAAAAUGCCAAGUCCGAUGUCCCAAAUUUCAUUGCAGCAUGAGCUAAAAAAGAAAAAGAGACGUGCUCCUCCCCCACCAACUCCUGCAAUGCCAAACAGAUCUGAAGAAAUGGAAGAUAAAAGACAAAGUACAAUUGGUAAUGGACGGCAAGUGCCUCAAAAGCCUCCUAGAGGCAACACACGUGGUCCACCCCAAUUAGUGAUUCCCCCACCCCCACCAUACCCUCCUCCUGACAAAGAUACUAUGGACCCAACUGUAUUGUACAGUGAAGCAGAUGUUACAGACCCAACUCAGCUGGUAUCUAAAAGAAAUGUUCAACUUUCACAUAUUUAUCAUGAAGACAAUGCAGAAGAAACCAUCUCUUUUAGCAGUUGUUCUAUGUCAGAGGAUAAUAUAGAUGAUUCAGAAGUUAUUAAUUUACCCUCUGAUAUUGUAUCCCUGGAUUUUGAAAAUGCUGGUAUAAAUUCAAGAGAUAAAUCCAUCGAUGUAGAGGAGACCUUGGCUGCAGAAGUAUGUUCUGUAAAGAAUGCUUCCUUUAACAGUGAUGAAUCUGAGAACAAUCAACAAAGGGCUGAUGGCAGAAUAAUGGAAGCUAAAUUUGAGAAUACUGAUAUGUUUAUGGUUGCUCAUGAGCAAAAGGCUCAGCCUGCACUGGACAAAAGCCUAGCAGUGAUGGAAAAUAUACAUACUGAUUCUAAAAGCCAGUCGGUUCUCAUUGAGACGAACGGUACAUCCAGCUCUCUUCCACAAAAUGCUGAGACUCCUUGUGAUGUUUCAUUUCCUGUGCCAGUGACAAUCAUUGAUGAAGUUCCAGAAAAUUAUACCACCACCCAUUCCAAUACAGAAGAAGAAAAUGUUUUCUUUUCCAAGAUGGAGACUAGUGAAAAUAUUCCAGUUCAAUCAACCUAUGUAGGUAAAUUGAUUAACAAAAAUAACAAUAUUGAAUCUGACGGUAAGGAAUAUGUAGGAACAUCUUCCUAUUUACCCAAGAACUUGUCACAAAAAUCUUCUACAGAAGAGUUUUUGGACCAAACUGAAGAGCAGCGAUCUGAGACUGCAGUAUAUACUUUCUCAAAUGAAAAACAGAACAAGAAAAACACAGUGCAGAAAAGCGUCUCCAAAAAUUGCAUUGAUUCGGAGAAACCCAAUGCUCAGGGGAUUGCUUAUAACUUCAAACUGUUGAACAAAGUUAAUGGUGUACCUGACAAAGCAAGGCCAUUGAAUGAAAAUGAUAUCAAUGAUGAACUUAAUAAAUCUGAAUUAGAAUUUAAGCAUGCAUUAGCAAAAAAUCCUGAUGAGAGAGAAUCUGACCCAACACAAUCUCCAUGGCAUCAUUGUAUUAACAAUGGAAUUGAAAUCUAUGGCCCAAAAACUGGUCUGACAACUUUUAAAGUAGUUCCUCCCAAACCCAAAGUAAAAUAUUUUGACAAAGAUGUGUCUCUCUACACUGGUGCCAUUAGAAUAGAUGAGUUAGGUAACCUCGUAACUCCAAAUAGUGGUGGUAUUAGAAAAAUUACAGUAAAUAUGACCUCAAAAGAAGCUGUUAUUGGCAAAGCUAAAGAAUAUAAGGAGUUAAAUUCUAUAGAAAAGCAAUGUGAACAACUACUAGUAGGCCAUUCUGUUGAACCAGAAAUCACAGGUAAUUCCAAAGAACUCAAUAAAAACCCCAGAACCAAGCCUGAUUGUAUUAGGAGUCUAAAAGAAGAAACAUUGCCAAUGGUUGGUUCCAGUGCUGAAAAUAUUGUUAGACCAAAUGAAACAAAGCUCCCUAUGAAUAUCCCACAGUUUUCAGGGAAAACUGUCUUGGCACCGGUGAUCAAUAGGAAGGAUCUUCUGUUUCAGAUGCCCCCCCAAAAAACAUCAGAUCACUAUUUAGCCACAGCUGUUGCCAAUUGCAAUGACCUAACCCAGUUUAAAGCCAGCCAAGAAAGGCAGAAUCAAGAAAAGCUAUAUAAAGCAAAAGGGGUGAAAACUGAAAUUGAGCCACUUCCUAAAAGUACUGUUGUGGCCAAAUACCACCCAGUGGAAACAGAGCCAGCAAAAACAAAGAAACCGUAUUCAACUACCUUCAGUUGCAGUAAAAAUGUGUCAAAUACGCGGCCGUGUUGUGCUGAUUCUAGGUUGUCAAACAUCAAGACACUGAAUCAAAACAAACCUACUAAUGGCAUUAGCGGAUCAUUUACUAGAAUAACUUCUAAUAAAAACAACCUGACAGAACAGGAGAUCAACUGUGGUUCAGUACAAGAUAUAACAGAUAGAGAAAUGAUUUCAGUAGCGAUGAAAAAGCCAGUUGAUCAAGUCAGCUCUCCCUUUUUUCUUAGCAAACCUAAUGCUGACUCAUCUGCCACAAUAUUUAGUUCCCCUGUGAAAUCAAGCAAUAUACCACCAUUUAUGGUCGACCAAAUGACUUCAGAAAAAGAUGAGCAACUUGGCAAUACAGGGAAUGAGCUGUGUUCUAGCAUCAUAGAGGACAACAUCUACAAUAUUUUUGGGCCAAAGAAGAAGUUUAAAUCAGUCAUCCAGAAGCCACUUCCAAAAGAUACAUCAUUACACAGUGCUUUAAUGGAAGCCAUUCAGACUGCAGGAGGAAGAGACAAACUUCGAAAGAUUUCACACAGUACUAUAAAUGGAACUCAGAAAAAGUCAAAAUUCAUGGAAACAGAGACUGAGCGCUCAGCUCUUUUGGCAGCCAUUAGAGGACACAGUGGAAUCUCAACGCUGAGAAAGAUUUCUUCAUCUGCUUCUGAUGAGUUGCAGAGAUUCCGAAAUGCAGAAGUAGCUUUGCAAAAUAGCAGCAUCUCUACAGAUGAGCAGCAACAUGGUCCUCCCCCACCUCCUUUGCCAUUACCUCCCACACAGUUGGGAAUGGAAACACCCAGGUCUCUUGCAAGAAUGACAGACAGCCCAGGGAAUUCAAGGCAGGCUUUAAUGGAAGCAAUCCGCUCAGGAGCUGGGACAGCACGGUUAAGAAAGGUGCCUCUGUUUGUGUGAAAAUUAGAUGCACCAAUACCUGUUCUACAACUCUGCAAGCACUGUGAUAGAUAAAAGUGGUCACCCAUAAUAAAAAGAAUCCAAGUAUUUUUCCAGUUUGUUUACAAGCCACAUUAAUUGUCUAUGUGCUCCUCUCGAUUCAGCUUAUGUGCCAAGGAUCUGGGGGCUGCCUCUUUCCAGAGUUACACCAAGCCAAAACUAUUCUUAAUGGCAAAUUGCCAAAUUCAUGAACUUUUAAUUACUUUUUAGUCCUGCAAUAACAUUUAAAUAUAUUUCUGGGAAAAGUCAAAUACUUUUUGUUAUGUACCUGAAGCACAUCAUUCUUUUGUUCAUUAAGUGAUUUAAAAUGUGUAGCUGUUCCAAACCACAUAUUUGAAUCUUUUUCUCUCUUUUAAAAUGUAAAAGUAUUUAGGAAUGCAACAAGUGUAAUCCAUGGGAUUCUUUUGUAGCUCCCAGAUCCUACAAGAGGAAGGGGCCAAACUUGUCAGGCAUCUUCUUUUUGUGUGUGUGGUUUGUUUCGUUUUUUUCUACAUUCGGAAUUAAAGGGUGCCCUAAUCUUUGUUGUAGCUUAAAUCACCUACUUCACCUCUUAAAACUCCUGAAGCCUUUCCCCAAAGCAAGUUUGGGUUCAUCUACUUUGGAAUGAGAUUCUCAACAUGCUGCACAAGCCUGGUGCAGCCCUUGAGCCAAGAGAUUGCACAAUCCUGCUAUAGAUGUUUUAGAAUAAACUGAAAGAAGUUAUUAUGGUAGAAACGGAAUGACUUAGCGUGCCAUGUACUGAAAUUGCCACUUCUUAGAGACAAUUAAGUUGCAAUAUUCCAGCUGUGUAACUAAUUACUAUAAAUCUACAGAAGUCUACAUUUGAUAGACUACCUUAGGAGACAUGAAGCACUAAUAUCUACAGAUGCGCUGAACUUUGAGGAAAAAUGAUGCUAGCCUGCAUGCUUAUGUCAGAGUCCACCAAGAACAGUUUCUGCAAGCACACGCAUUGAACUUCCUGGGAACAGAGGAAUGCCCUUUCACAAUUCCCAACAAUAUGGCUUGCAAAAAGAGAACAUCUUGGUGGAUUAUGCUCCAAAUCAGAAAUUUUAAUCAAAAGGGCUUCUUCUAUAGCUUCUCAAAGCUGGCUGACUGCUGCCAGUGGGUCAUGGUUCCAAAUGCUUCUGACUGGGCUCAUAGUAUAUCUGUUAGAACUACAUUGUUCCCAUGGGUACAUCCUUAACAUGUUUCAGUGGUAUGAAAAAAAAAAAGCUAUUGUUGAUCAUGUACAACUUGGGAAAAUCUGCCAUUAAAUAUAAUUAACAUAAUUAUGAUCUUGUUUUUAGAUGGUAUAGAAGAUAACUUAAGCUGUAUUCAUUAUGUAUGUUUAAUUUUAUAAUCAUGAUGAGACUGCACAUGGUCAGAAAGGGCUUUCAGUGUUUUAUUGCUAGAUUAUAUAAUCUUGCUCUUUAAAAGUAUACUACUAGUUGCCUGCAAUCCAGGGACUAUAUGUAAUAUACUGUAAAAUACUAAUUUAAUUUAGUGCCACAAAUAAAACAAUCAAAAGGCUUAUAUGUCAUGCUUGGUUUAAUUUGGAUAAUUGUGAAGUUAGCAAGAGAAAAUAGUUUCUAGUAGUGAAUGCAUAUAUGCAGGUGUUAUUCCAAAUAAAAAGAUAUCAUUGUACCAAGUAGUGACAUAAACAGCUGCGUGACUGUAGUGACAGUAGGUGAGGAGACAUGAGUAUGUCAUACAUGGUGGGGUGGGGAGUCUUGCAAUGUAACUGCAAUUAACUCAGAUAGCCUGCUGGGCAUGACUUAGAUGAACUACUGGAAUGGACUGCUUGUAUGUGUAUAAAGGAUCACCAUCUUACUUUUUAAGCAUCCUUGAGAUUUGCAUCUACAUUUGAUUUAUGGGAAUUUAUACUGUUUGUGCUUUUUAAAAAAUAAAGUGCCAAUCCUAAUAUAUUAAUGAAUCAAGAUAUUGCAUCUUCACAUUC